AGUAAGCCAAUUGCACGAAUCGAGAAAGAAAACAACAAAAAUGUCUCUGGUGCCAUAUUGGUUGCGACAUUUGAGGAAUCUGGCGUACAGAGAUCCCAUCGUCAGAGCAUUUGAAGAUCCAUUCGCCGUUUUUGCCAAAGACCCUUUCUUCCGGGAUCCUGUCAAAUACAUUAAACAAGUGACAGCGCCGUUGGAGUCAAAUCAUGGUAUCGAAGGUAUUUACUCUGAUUCAGAAGUGAAAGUAGAUGGGACGAAGGUCGAAGUACAUUUAGAUGUUCAGAACUUCACCCCGGACCAGAUCCAAGUGAAGACAAUUGGAAAUGAGGUUACGGUGGAGGGAAAGAAGGAGGUUAAGCGAGAAGACGGCUGGACGAGGAGCAAUUUUGAGAGGCGGUUUCUGUUGCCCGAGGGUUUUCCACCAGAGCGAGUGGAAUGUCACUUCGACAAAGGGAAGUUGAAGCUAGUGGCAUUCAGAGCUGAACCACUGACGGAGAAGACGAUUCCUGUCCAGGACAAGUCGAGUUCCGGUGGAGAGAAGUCCUCUUAAAGUUUACGUGAAAAUUUUAUUAUUACGUUAGAUUUCGAACUGAUUAGAUUGUA